AUGCAGGUGUGUACCGUUCUUGAGAAGCGUGCUGGGGCUGUGGUGGGGGCUGAGCUGGCCUGCAGCGUACGGGAGGAGAACCAGGCUCAGAGGGAGAGCUACAAAGCCGACUGGAACAGUGUUAACAUGAAGACCCGGGCCAUGGACAGGUGAGUCCCAGCCUUUAGACAAACUGUAUUCAUUACUUCUGGUAGAUGUAACACAUUGAACAAUAUUAAGUAAUUGAUUCUUAUAUAAAAUCUUGAAUAACAAUAAAGCAAUACGUCCCCCUAUAUUAUAAUAACUGUCAGGCUAAUCUAUCAGCUGACAUUACAUUUAAUGAUUUUCAUUUAGCUGGUAGGAUUCUCAGCUGAUACUGAGAGACCAUUAGAGUUUGAAAAUCACUGAGCAAUGUCCAACUCAUCUCUCCACAGGCAGACAAUGAACAUGAAUGAUGACUCUCGUCGGGAGACCUACACUAGGCAGUGGGAGGCUCGCUCCCUGGCCCAGGCCUGUCCCUGUGGGGUGUACAGAGUGGGCACCAUGGAGAGGGGUGUGAGGGAGCACCAGCUCCUUCCCAAGAGGAACACCUUGCCCCUGCCCAUCUUCACCCCUGCACAGCUGGGCAUCCGGCUGGGCCGUGGAGCACCACACACCCAGGAGGACCUCCGUCCCUUCCCCAUCCCCGACGGUGCCUGCCCUGGCAAGAAGGCAGUGGUCGAAAUCACACAAGACCUGCCCCCCAUCAAGCCACUCAAGAUGGAGUUUGCAAAGGUGCCCAGAGCACUGGGCCGCUCCGUGUCACAGGAGGUCCAGAGAGGGUGA